AUGAUAAACUGUUUUCCUGUUUACAGGUGUGGAAAUGUGAAAUAUGGCUAUAAUAGGUUGCCCAGAACAUCUGUCAUCAUCGCAUUUUACAAUGAAGCAUGGUCCACACUCUUGCGAACAGUCCACAGUGUCUUGGAAACCUCUCCAGACAUUCUUCUUGAAGAAGUUAUCUUAGUAGAUGAUUACAGUGAGAAAGAACAUCUGAAGGAAAGUUUGCAAGAAUAUGUGUCUGAACUGAGGAAAGUUCGACUAAUCCGUGCAAACAAGAGAGAAGGUCUCGUACGAGCACGGCUCCUUGGUGCAUCCCAAGCUAAAGGAGAAGUUUUGACUUUCCUUGAUUGCCAUUGUGAGUGUCAUAAUGGCUGGUUGGAACCACUUCUAGAAAGGAUCCGGGAAGAGGAAACUGCAGUAGUAUGCCCAGUGAUCGAUGUCAUAGACUGGCGUACUUUUGAGUAUUUAGGCAAUUCUGGUAUACCUCAGAUUGGAGGACUCGACUGGAGACUUGUUUUUACUUGGCAUGUGGUCCCAGAGAGAGAGGAAAAGCGAAGGCGAUCAUCUAUUGAUGUCAUCAGAUCACCCACCAUGGCUGGUGGAUUAUUCUCUGUCAGUAAGAAGUACUUUGAUUACUUGGGAUCUUAUGAUACAGGCAUGGAAGUAUGGGGAGGAGAAAACCUUGAAUUCUCUUUUAGAAUUUGGCAGUGUGGAGGAACACUUGAAGUACACCCAUGUUCACAUGUUGGACAUGUUUUCCCCAGGCAAGCCCCAUACUCACGUAGUAAAGCUUUGGCUAAUAGUGUGCGAGCAGCAGAGGUUUGGAUGGAUGAAUAUAAAGAACUUUAUUACCACCGAAACCCUCAUGCACAGCUGGAGCCCUAUGGAGAUGUGACAGAGCGAAGGCAACUCAGGGAGAGACUGCAGUGCAAACCUUUCAAAUGGUUUUUGGAAAAUAUAUACCCUGAGCUCCAUGUACCUGAGGACAAGCCAGGCUAUUUUGGAAUGGUAACCAUCUCUGAUAAACCUAAAACCAGGAAAGCCACCUAA